AUGGGUAGAACAUUUUACAACAGAGAGGACUCUUCACAACAGGGAGAAUAUUCCACAACAGAGAGGACCCUCUUCAAAACGAAGAAUCCUCCACAACAGAGAAAACCCUUCACAACUGAGGGUACUAUCCACGUUAGAGAACCCACCUCAACAACAGAGAGGACCCUCCGUAACAGGCACAACCUUCUACAAGAGAAAGGGUCAUCCACAAGAGAAAGGGUCAUCCACAAGAGAAAGGGUCAUCCACAACAGAGUGAGACCUCCACAACAGAGAGGGUCCUCCACAACAGAGAGGGUCCUCCACAACAGAGUGAGACCUCCACAAAAGAGAGGGCCCUUCACAACAGGGAGGGCCCUCCACAACAGGGGGUGCCCUCCACAACAAAGAGAGCCCUCCACAACAGGGAGGCCCCUCCACAACAGGGAGGGCCCUCCACAACAGGGAGGGCCCUCCACAACAGGGAGGCCCCUCCACAACAGGGAGGGCCCUCCACAACAGGGAGGGCCCUCCACAACAGGGAGGGCCCUCCACAACAAUGA